CCCUCCUCCCCCCGACAACCUCAAGAUAGCGUCGCGAAGUGGUUGUUUUGGUUGAAAAUAUCGCAUCAAGAAAGCACGUAAACACGUUUAAAACAUGGGAAUUCGGACGAGUGGGACCAAAUGCAGCGCAGGAGAGGAUCGACGGACGCGUUAAGCGAAGGAUUUGACUCGUCUUCCUGUGGUAUUGCUCCGCAUGUUCAAUUUCUUCGUAGAUGGUCUCCGGAGAGCGUUGUCUGCUGGUGGACACAGAGUUGUCGACGAGUAACAUGAAGGAGAUGAUUGGAGGGUGUUGUGUUUGCUCAGACGAGAGAGGCUGGGCGGAGAACCCGCUCGUAUACUGCGACGGACACGGCUGCAACGUCGCUGUGCACCAGGCCUGUUAUGGCAUUGUACAGGUGCCCACUGGUCCGUGGUUCUGCAGAAAGUGUGAAUCUCAAGAGAGAGCGGCUCGGGUGAGAUGUGAGCUGUGUCCCCAUAAAGAUGGCGCCCUGAAGAGGACGGACAAUGGCGGCUGGGCCCAUGUGGUGUGCGCUCUUUACAUACCUGAGGUGGAGUUUGCAAAUGUCUCAACUAUGGAGCCCAUCGUACUCCAGUCUGUGCCCCAUGACCGCUAUAACAAGACAUGCUAUAUCUGCGAGGACCAAGGCAGAGAGAGUAAAGCGGCCACCGGAGCAUGCAUGACCUGUAACAAACAUGGCUGCAGGCAGGCCUUCCAUGUCACAUGUGCCCAGUUUGCAGGGUUGCUGUGUGAGGAACAAGGGUCGGAUGCAGACAACGUCAAGUACUGCGGUUAUUGCAAAUACCACCACAGCAAAUUGCGAAGACGCAGGGGCCGCACUAGUAGAUCUCAAAGCUUAAGUGACUCUUCCUCUCAGUGUAUGGAUAGACCCCCAGACCAGGAAAAGAAGAAACACAAAGAACGGGACAGACACAAACCCAAACACAAGAAGACCUCCAUGGACAUGUCCCCCUCCCUUGUUCUCCCAAACAUCAUGGUCCCAGAGAAGACCUACACCAGCAGCAAUUCGGUGGUCGGGGGCCCCGCUCUCCCAGCAGCCUCGCAGAAGCGGCUGGAUGACGCGAGCGCCCGUUUCACCAACGCCAACUUUCAGGAAGUGUCAUCCUCUCACUCUCUGGCAAGCUCCAAGGACUGUCUCGCCGCUGAUGCCGCGAAGGUGGCUUCUGAGAUGAAGAGCAAGAAAACUCCCGCUGGAAGCCACGCGGUGGGGCAGAGGGGGGGCCGGAAGUCUCUCACCUCCUCGGGGAAAGCGCUCCCCUCCGCUGUGGUCACCAUGGCAACCUCCACAUCUGCCUCCACUGGACCUUUCCACCAAGGCCUGCUGUUGACGAGUGCCAGCAAGACGGCCUGUGCCCCCACAUCCUCUGAUUUCCUAAGCUUCGCCGACUCCUCCUUGCGCCCGGGAAGCGUGACUUCCUUCUCAUCGCCGCCAUCUUUCAGCUGCCUUGUGAAGCCGAGUUCAGAGGGCGCCGCUUCAGAGGGAACCACCAACCUUUUUGCCUCUCUUGCGACGACCGCUCCUGCAGUGGGCGGGAAGCUGUAUGACAAUUCCCACAGUCUCUCAGCCAGCGAGACGACGAGCCUCAGUGGCUCGGCCGUCUACAAACGGCCGCAGCCCUCCGCCAUCGGCCCGGGGAACGCUGGAGCAACCGCGGCAGGCGGGGAGGAUGGAGUCAAGAAGAAAAAGAAAGGCAACUGGCGCAACAGAUUUGGACCUUGCUUCACAACGGACGUCAAGCCACCAGAGUCAUCAUCGCCCUCCCUCGCUUUGCCCACCACCUCCACGGCCAACGCCUCCUCCUCUUCCGCCGCACCCCCACCCACGUCCUCCUCCAUGACGCUUUCUGGCCGGCCCGGCUUAACUUGCAGCGGUGGUUUAGGAAUGGGAGGAGGCGAAAGAGUUCUCGGGGUCAUAGGUGUCGGCAGCGGGAUGCAGAAGUCCCCCUCACUCCUCAGGAAUGGGAGUCUGCAAAGCAGCGGCGGAGCAGGUGUUUUCUCCGGCGGCGAUGGGUCGUCUUUGUCGGGCCCUGGCGCCGUCGCCAUGGGCGGAGUCAACUCGGACCAACUGCAACCCGCGCCUUCGCUGGCCCCUCCCUCUCCCUUCACCGCCACCGCACCCCUGACCGGCACGGCCACCACACACGUGAGUGCCCUUCCAGGGUCAGUUUUCAACAUGGCUCCCUCACAUAUGUUUGGUAACCGUCUGAAUCCGAACUCUGCCAUGGCAGCGCUCAUCGCCCAGUCGGAGGCCUCACCCGCAGAUCAGGACGCCGGAGACACGGGCGUCGGUGUGCAGGGCUUCUCAAUAAGGGCUUCUCCCAAGACCACGCCGCGCUCGCCAAUUGGUGGCCUGCAGAUCCGCUAUGACUCGUCAGGGUCGUUGCCGGGACCAGGGCUCGGGUUGCUAGGGGCCGGGGGAGGCGUCGGCGGCGGCGGCGGCGAGACGCUGCCCCCGGUGGCCACCACCAUAGAGCAGCUCCUGGAGAGGCAGUGGAACGAGGGGCAGAAUUUCCUGCUGCAGCAGGGCGCGCAGGGCGAUGUGGUGGGCAUGCUGAAGUCUCUCCAUCAGCUGCAGGAGGAGAACAGGAGGCUGGAAGAGCAGAUAAAAACACUCACUAUGAAGAGAGAGCGACUGCAGCUUCUCAGUGCCCAGCUAUCGGUGCCUUUCACGCCCACCUCGGCCUCCUCUGAUGUAAAGGGGGUGGCCUCUGACUCAUCGUUACCCGUGGCAGCUCAGGACAGCGCGUCAUGUGGCGGCCACAGCAGUAGCGGCUCUACCUCUUCCCUGUCAACCCCGCCCUCACUUUCUCAAAGCCCACCUCAGCCGCAGCUAAACGGCAUCGUCGCCGCAGGGACCACCACCCCAGCCGGGCUGGGGAGCAUGUCUGGACUGAUGGGCGCCUUUGGUGGCGGAAGCGCGCUGGGCAUGGGGGGCAUCUCUGGCACUCUGAACGGAGUGAUCCAGACGCCGGCGGGGACCGGAAGCCCUCACGCGACGGGAGCUUCAACCGUGCCUGUCAAUAACAGGUAGUGCGGGCGUCCUCGCUCGCUUACCCCACUUUUGCCCUCUGCUAUCCGGGUUCGUUUUCCACUCGUUACAGCCCCCUCUCAGUCCACAUCAUAUCGAUAAAAUCCAACUUCAGACCUUUG